AGAACAAAAAUAUUUACGCAUUUACGAGCAUCGACGAUAUUUGUUCAUUCCAAAACAACUACGUACUGCCAUAGAGUGUUGGGUUUGAUUUCGUCAUUCACUCCUUCCUCUAUGGUACUACUGACACAGUGCCUGUGACAUAAUUCCAACAGGUCAUUGACGUUUGUUAACCCCCUUCGAUUUAAAACGGUGAAAAAGAGAGGUCUUUUACGGUCAAGGUCAUCGACUGUCGUCCGCCAAACCGAGGAGCUGCGCGUUCGACCAACUUGUUUGAUUUCCAUUUUCGCCAGUGCAUUCUGAACAAUGGUGCGACUCGUACGUCUUUUCUGCUUGUUCAUCUCUUCUGCCACUUUUGGACUUGCCCAAGUUCAAUCUCUUCCUCCGCCAUGUCCAAGUCCCAUUUACUGUCACGGUCCACUCUUGCACACGGUUCAGAUGGCCAAAUUGUAUCACGACUCCAAGACUUUUGUCGACAAGAAAUUACGUUUCGACCCAGAAUUAGUUGCAGCCAAUUUCACUCAACUGAUGAACCUUACAGACAAUAAUCCAUCCCAAAACGAUCUCGUCAUCUUCAUCAGUCAACAUUUCGAGAGUGAAGGAUCAGAAUUUCAACCGUGGGAUCCUUCCGAUUGGCUCGACAGCCCGUCAUUCCUUCAAAAUAUCAACAACACACAAUUGAGAAAUUGGGGGAAAGAAUUACAUGGAGCCUGGAAAUUCCUAGGCCGACAAAUUAAAGAUGACGUCAAAGAACGCCCCGAGCUGUACUCGAUGAUUUAUGUGCCUCAUCCUUUCAUCAUUCCUGGAGGAAGGUUUCGUGAAAUUUAUUACUGGGAUUCUUACUGGAUCGUCCAAGGUCUUCUCAUCUCUCAAAUGAACCACACGGUGAGGGGAAUGUUGGAUAAUUUCCUGCAUAUGGUGGAUGUUUACGGCAUGGUCCCAAAUGGCGGUCGCAUCUACUAUCAGCUGAGGUCGCAGCCCCCAAUGUUGAUUCCCAUGGUGGAUCGUUACAUCAACGCCACUGGGGAUGUCGAAUUUCUUAAUGGGCGGUUACAUCUCUUGGAAAAGGAAUUUCAAUUCUGGAUGGCCAACAGGACAGUCUCCGUCAAGGGACACACUUUGGCGCGAUUUAAUGUCGAAUCGGAUGGACCACGACCCGAAUCUUACAUUGAGGACUUUCAUUCGUCUGCCCAUAUGAGUGAAAUCGAUCGUCAAGACUUUUACAUCAACAUGAAAUCGGGAGCUGAAUCCGGUUGGGAUUUCAGUUCCAGGUGGUUCAUUGUAGACGAAGGUCACAACGAAGGAAAUUUGAGCCACAUUAGUACCCGCAACGUCGUGCCGGUCGAUUUAAAUGCCUUUGUUUGCAUGAACGCUCGAAUGCUUUCGGAAAUGUUCCGUAAAGUCGGAGAUGACCGAAAGGCUCAAAUGUAUCACGACAAGUACAUCGAGUGGAAAAGAGCCAUUCAAGCGGUGCUGUGGAAUGAAGAACAAGGCAUCUGGCUAGACUACGAUUUAACUAAUAAUUUGCAACGACCAUAUUUCUACGCAUCGAAUAUCGCUCCGCUAUGGGCCGGUUGCUUGGAUCCCACUCCAUCCGGUGGUGUGGACUCUGCUGUUGUCCACAGAGUGAUGGAUUAUCUGGAGCACAGUCAAUCUACAAAAUUUGCCGGAGGAAUUCCGACUUCCAUGCAACACACUGGCCAACAAUGGGAUUUCCCUAAUGGGUGGCCGCCCCUGCAACACAUGUUGGUUGUCGGUCUUGAAAAUACCGGUGACCCCAGAGCCAAAGCCUUGGCCUUUAAUCUCGCCCAAAAGUGGCUGAUUAACAAUUACGAUGCAUAUCAACAAAGUAUGCCCAACGCCAUGUUUGAAAAAUAUGACGUGACUGUUGUUGGACUACCAGGAGGUGGUGGUGAAUACGACGUUCAGCUUGGCUUUGGUUGGACGAACGGUGUCAUUUUAGAUUUCCUGCACAUUUAUGGUGAUCGAUUGGUGACUGAAAUACCGAAAAAUACUUAAUUAUUAUGUAACUAUCUGAUUUCAGUUUUUGUGAUGAAGAGAAAGAAAGAAAACCACUAUGAUUGUAAAAUUUUAUUGACUAUUUUAUGUAAAGUAAUUUCUUUUCUGUUUGGUUAAUUUCCCUGUAAUCCUUGUUACAUAAUUUGCAUUAUUUUGUGUUCCCGAUCCUAGUCUCAUCGCCAUAUUGUACAUGAUUUCAAUUUCUGUAAUUUUUCUUCUAUUUUUGGGUUUAGAAUACAAAUUGUGCACUUACAAACCAACUAAAUAAUGAAUUAAUUUACAAAUCAAAAUCAUUUGAAUAUUGCGCCAGAGCCUUUAAGUAAAUGUGGCAACGUUCAAAACGUGAUAAUCGUCCAAAAUGUAACAUCAACGUCACUUCUUCAAACCGGUUUUGUUAGACGAUUCAAAGCUUUGUAACAACAAGUGGCCGCCAAGAUGUUGGAAAAAUUAAAUUCUUGUGGAGAUGACUUUAUUACUAGCUAUUUGCAUCCUUUAUUUGGUGCAAACAAUGAUUCAGAAAUGUUUUCCCAAAUGGUCUGGAUUUCAUUCUUCUACACCCUUAGUGUCGCUGUUAGUAUGGCCUUAUUCCCAGCACCAUAUGGACGAUACAGCAGCUCAAAGUAUGGCUUCCUGCUUCCUGC